AUGGUGACAUGGGAUAUAGAGGGGUUUAUCACUAUCACCGAUGGGAUCAAGGAAAUGAUAAAGGUCAAAGGGACUGCGGUCGCACCAGCUGAGCUCGAGGAUCUGCUACUUAGAUGCCCGACGGUGGAAGAUAUAACCGUAGACACCAUCCCAAAUGACUACACUGGUCAGCAUACCAAAGCCCAUGUUGUGUUGAAGCCCGGUAUCCUACUGACAACUUUCUCAUUAGUCCAUCAAAUCACGGGGUUUGUCACGGAGCUCGACUUGCUUCAAGAGACUCCAAAGAGUGCUAGUGGGAAGAUGCUCCGACGCGUGUUGCGUGAAUUGGGGUUAGAGAAUAAUAGGAAGCGGAGUUAUAUGGUGGAUCGCGAAGAAGUCCAGUCUAACCUUUAG